AUGUCUUCCUGUGGGAAUGAAGUGUCAAGAUGGAACCUGAGACACGUUAGAAGAAUAGCAGAGUUCCUGGAGCCAGCACCCUCACCCAACUAUGCUAACAAGCUUUCAUCUGAGACAUCUAUGAGUGGCAUAGACCAGUGCUUACACAUCCCUGGGAAAGCAGACUCUGCCUACAGUUCUUUUUCAGGUGGCUCCAAUAUUCCAGAAUGUCAUAUUCCGUUGUGCUACAAUGACCACGACACCCUGCCUUUAGAACAGCUUCCGUAUAUGGACUCAGGAUAUGUAAGAAGUGUUUUUAACCCUUGUGCAGUGCAUUCUAACCUUAAACAGAUAUAUCAAGACAAGCCAGUAGAAAUGAGCGUGUACAACAAUAUGGACAAUAAUAUGCCAUGUGGAAGCACUGCUGUACCUGGGACAUUAUACCAACCACCAUCACCUGUGGCCAAGCUUCCAGCUUGUUUUGCACACCCAUCAUCCCGACCAGCUCGAUCUGAUAGCUAUAAAGCUAGCAGAAAUACGGAUCAAAGUGAUUAUGGAACUUGCUUUGACAACAGUAUUCAAGCGGAGGAGUACAGUCAAGAUACUAGCAAAACCCUCCCUUUUGACUCCCCAGCAAAGUGUAAUGAUGACUGUUGGCUCUCAAGAUGUAAAAACAAAAGUCCAGUCCUAGAACUAGAAGACAGUGACAUCUGGUAUCCUGCCAAUCAAUAUACCACAAAGAAAAAUGAAACUAUAAUUUCCUCUAAACCUUAUUUAAAUUUUCAAGACUAUUUAGAGUCUGGUUCUUUGGUCCACACACAGAAGGUUCAUAAUUCAGUCUACAAUUAUAAAAUUCCUGAGGUACUGAACUCUAAGUUCUCUCCUUCGCCACAUACCAGUCAUAAUGCUGUUAAUGAUAUACAGGAGAACAAACAGUAUCUUUCUGCUUGCAGUGUACACAAACCACCCUUCACAGGAGCAAAUCUGCCAUGUACCAUGUCAGUAUCCAGUGAACCAGAAGGACAGCUUUGUGGUGUUUUCAGAGCUGAAGAGCAUUCAGAUUUCGAUCAGGAGAUAUAUGAAAGCUGCCCAAGCUUAAAGUACAUGGACAGCAGUCUUCCAAGUCUGACUGCCCCAGGGAUAAUUAAUACUUAUGAAGACAAGAGUCACUGUUUCAUCUCUAGAGAAGAAAACAGCAGAAAUGCUGGGCAGCCGCUUCUAAAACAACAAGAUCGAAGGCAGAAGUCACCAUCUCGUUGUUUGGAUAUUGCAGAAAUUCAUCAUAGUGAAGUUUAUGAUACAGCCAAAACCAUUUCUUACUGUAAUCAUUAUGAGGAGUCUGCAUCCCAGAUUCUGAAUGGAGUUAGAAAAGCAAAGCAUAAUGAAAAUAAUGGCAGCCCUGACCGUCUUACAAAGCCCAAGAAAGAGGAAAUGCUGAUUUCUGUUCAUUUGCCACAACAGGAUGACUCUGCCAAUAGAAAGAUAAACAGAAAAACAACUCCCUUGCUCUACUACCUUUCUGGUGGAAAAAAUACCAACAUUAUGAGUAAUCCAAAUCACGCUCAGCUACAAGAAGACUUUGAUAUGCAAUCUCCAAGGAGUGAUCAUUCCGUCUCUGCAGCACCAAUAGAAAUACCAAGGGACGGUAACAGCUGUGUGAAUGACAUUGCUGCCAGCCAAAAGACAGGGCUAAUUCUAGGGAGCCCAUCAUCAUCAGUGGAUGAGAAGUUCAAGAAUGACUAUCGAGAAAAACUUAAAAUCGCUCAAAGAAAAGUUCUGAGAGAAACCUCUUUCAAGAGGAAGGAUUUACAGAUGAGCUUGCCCAUUCGGCUGAAGCAGAAGCCUUCCUCAAGGCCAUCCAUUAAGCACCUCAGGUCUCUGUCAUUAUCUAGUACAAAUGAGGACUCCAAAUCGAUUCCUCCCUCCAGGCCACUGGAAGACAUCAAUAAGGAGGAAGAGCCCCCGAAACCACAAGCUAGUCGAAUUGGGGGAAGGAAAAGAAUCACCAAAGAACAAAAGAAGAUCUCUUAUUCUGAACCUGAGAAGCUGAAUGAACUGGAUGACCAGAGGGAUGAAAGCACAGCGUGGAGAAAGAAAAAUGCAAGGUCCAGGUCUGAUGAACUCAAUGACCAACACGCUGUGAUCGUCAGUAAUAAAGCUCUGGAGAAUCAAGGCAGGGCUCUUUCAAAGGUGGAACUGAAGCAGAUUCAGCACAACGCACUUCUUCAGUACAUGGAACGCAAGAUUGGACAGCGGCCUGCUCCUGCCCAUACCAGCGCCCUGCAAAAGCCUCCUUUGCAAACGAGGCCUUCAAAUUCAAAGAGGUUUUCAGAGGAUAGCGUUUCCAACCUCAGCAGCAGCAAAAAAUCACAGAGUGUUGAUCAUUCCUGUCCAUUUCCUGAUCUCGGGAGAAAUCCGGAAGCACCCCCUCUCCUCUUUUCUGCAACUUCUAUACCUCCUGCUUUUGAUAGAGGUAGUGCCAGUUCUUCUUUGUUCGAAAGGGUUCAUUGGAAAAUGCAGUCCACUGCCAGUGAAGGAAGCUGUGUUAGCAGAUGUGCUUCAACCAGAAGUCUUCUUUACUCGGGUGCUUCUGCCUCCAGCAAAGGCCAUGGGAGAUCAAAAUCAACGCCUUCUCCUAUGCAGGAUUUCCAUAAGUCUACAGCCUGCCCACCAUCAUCAUCUCAAGACUACAAAUAUUAUCCCUCACAGCCCAGGACCACACAACAAAACACUUACACAGCUGGAAGGAGAGGGAAGUCUAUGGAGGAAACUGAAAGCUCAGAAAUGGUCAGGUUAUCACCACUGAGUCAAAGUACGGAUCAGCUUCACCAUCAGAAAAACCUGCAGCCUCCCUCUGGGCACAAGCCGGACAAAAACAGCCAGAGGCCAAAUCAUCAAAAUAGUGUUCUGCAAAACUGUGAGCCCACAUCUGGACCUCUGCCCAGACCAUCGUAUUCUGAAGGUGUUGCGGUUCUAAAGGGAUCAAAUUCAACUGUCCAGGCGCUUGAACAGCCUCCUAGUACAAAUAAUCACAGUAACACAUUCAUAUGUCUGGGAAGUCCAUCCUUCUGCUACAUACCUCCACUUUCUGUGGGUGGGUCGCAGACUCAGAGUGUACCUUUGGAACCUCUGCGUUCCUCACCAGCUCCUUCUCCUGCUGAGAUGGACAAUGAUGUUUUUCAGGACUCUUUUCCCAGGGGCUCAGAAAAGACCUCAAUUAUUUCCUUCCCCUAUAGACAAAGUAAGAAUUCCAUUCCGGACGGAACACCACCAGAACCUGCCUUGACUCUACCAGCUUUACAGGCUUCCAUGGAAGGAAAACAAAUCGAAGAGUAUAAUUCCAGCUUUUACGUUGCUAAGAAAGAAGAAUCUAGUCUUGGGAGCAGAAAUGGAAAUAGUGAAGAAAAUAUUUCCGGUGAGAGUUUACAUUGUCCAGAGACGUCUCCUGAAUUUUCUGCUUUCUCCCUCAAAGAAAGAAUUAACAAAGAUUCUCAACUAAAGCAAGAAAUAAGUAAUCAACCCCAAACGUCUAAUGUAUUAGGGAGAAUGCAGUGGCAACAGUUACAGGUGACCCAUAGAAGAACAGGAUAUUGCUCAGAUGAUGUGACAUACUUUACAACUACAUUGGACACCCAAGGAGAUAAAAAUACUAGUCCAUUAGCAAAUGUAGAGCAAAGUGAACAUGAUCAUAUCUUUCAAGAGCAAGACACAGAAUUGUCAGCAGCACCGUUAAAAUCUCAAGAGGACCAGAGGCGUGAAGACCUCACUGUUGAGAUUACUGCCAAAGACAAGUCUCUGGUUGACAUCCUCAGGCCUAAUCCUAUUAGGAAGACUGCUUUAGAUCUCAUGGAAGGCCUUUUCCCUGUGAACAUUUCAAUGUCUGACAGAUCCUUCAGAAUAAAGAGGAGAAGUCAGUCUGUUCAAGAAAAUGACCAAAGAAACAGUGAUAGUUCCUCAGACCUAUCUCAUGAAACUGGGUAUUUUCUUGGACAGAGAAUAUAUGAUCCCACAUCACACAUAAACCAAAUCCUGAGUAGCAGCAGAGAGUGCCUUGAGGACCCAGAAAACAUCAUAACCAAGAAAAAAGAGCUAAUUUCCAGCAUCCGGUUGAAACUGCAGACUCUGUGGGACGAGAAGGAGCUUAUCCAGUCUGAAGCCAAGGAGUAUGCGGCUCAGGGUAAGGAGCUGGAGUCCCUGGUGCGAGAUCUCUGCAAGCCCAACGAAUACGAGCGCUACAUGAUGUUCAUUGGAGAUCUGGAGAAGGUUGUGAGCCUGCUGCUCUGCCUGUCCAGCCGCCUCGCUCGGGUCCAGAACGCCAUGGAGAAAAUUGAUGAAAACACAGAUGCUGAAGAAAAGCAAUCACUAAAUGAGCGGCACAGCCUCUUGUCCAGACAGCGGGAGGAUGCAAAGGACCUGAAAGAGAACUUAGAUCGCAGAGAAAGAGUGGUGUCAGGCAUCCUUUCCAAAUACUUGACUGAGAGUCAACUCCAGGACUACAGGCACUUUGUACAGGCAAAGACAUCGCUCUUGAUUGAACAGAAGGACCUUGAGGAGCAGAUUAAGUUUCUUGAAGAGCAACUGGAGAGGCUGGAGGAGAGUAUUCCUCCUUAAUCCACAUCAGUGAACCACUUGCUUUCCUGAAUGAACCAUUUGUGCUAGAAAUCGGUCUGCAUCUACAGAACCAUUGCUGAGAAGCAAACAAGGCA